CAAUCACGUGGUAUUUUUAACUCGAUACAAGCGUUACAGCACCGCGAAGAUACACCACGCUGAUCGAUUCCGAUUUCCGCAGUGAAAGGUCUUGCUGAUAGUUAGCUUUCAUAAAGCAGUGUCUACGUUCCAGGCAGUAAUUCUUUCGUGACUGUCGGUGGACAUGGCUGAACCAGCAGGAUGUCCGUCUAAGACACUGCUGAAUCCGUCGUUACAACAGGCUCCUCAGCGACAGCCGCACACUUUUCAGGCAUUAAGAGACUGGAACUGGUUUCAGGCUUCUCCGACAAGUUCGUGGGGUUCCAACACCACUACUAGCUACGCAGGUUCAGGUUAUGUCCACCACUCUCCUGGUUAUCACCUUGAUGAAUAUCACUUUGGGAGGCAAGACCAAGGCCGAAACCAGUGGAGAAACAGAGUAACAUAUGGAUCUAUAUAUCAGAAAAAACAGAAAGAACCAGAAUUCAGUCAUUUCUGUGAUACUUGUGACCGAGGUUUCAAAAAUCAAGACAAAUACAAUGAACAUAUUGCCCAACAUGUAAAGUGUUUAUUUGAUGGUUGCAAAUACACUGCACAUGAGAAGCUUGUCAAAAUCCACUGGAAAAAUAGUCAUGGCCCAGGAGCAAAGCGAAUCAAGUUGGACACUCCAGAGGAAAUUGCAAAAUGGAGAGAAGAAAGAAGACGGAACUACCCAACCCAAAGCAAUGUAGAGAAGAAAAUUAAAUUAAUGGAGGUUAAAGAAAAGAGAGGAGAUGUGCUGGAAACCUCUCAGUUUAGACGUUUUAAGAGUCGAGGUGGACAACAUGGUGGGCACUGUCAUAGAGGAGGUUUCCAGACUCGCAGACGACAUGCAUAUAUUAGCCAUCAACACUUCCAUCCAGGUACUGAAAAGGUGGCGCAGGCAUCACCUCUCACAUGCCUUCCCCAUGAUUUAGAUCCUCUAGGAGCCCUGGCCACCAGUGACCCAGAUUCUGAGAAAGAGGAGUCAGUGAAGGAGAUUUCUGUGGCCCCCAAAAAUAUGACCUCCGCUUUAGGAUCACUGAUGUCCAGUUAUGGAGAAGAUGUGACCGAAAGUGAAAGUGACAAAGAACCAGAGGAUACCCCAAUGCUGAAAAGUGCUCUGGCUUUAGAAGAGAAUAAGGCCUUGCUUGCAGCUUAUUCUAAUUCAAACCAGAACAGAGCAUCAGAGCUUGAGAGGAUGCCAACAGCUGAGGAAUCCGAGCUCAGCCAUGAAGUACCAAAGCUUCAAUCAGAGUUACGUCCUAUGAGGAGCAGAUGGGAUUGUGGAGGUAGACGAAGGAAAAGCCAACAUAAUGAACCUCGGACUGGACUCCAAAAAUGUCGUCCAACUUUACUAGAGAUGUUGCUGGCCCCAGAUAUUCGCCGUGAAAGGAAUUUGGUGCUUCAGUGCAUUCGCUAUAUAAUCCAGAAGGACUUCUUUGAUUUAGCUUGUAAAGACACUGAUCUGGUGAGGCCAGAUGUUGAUUCAGUAAGUGUGAAGGGUUCUGUGUCAGGAAAUGAUGUUGGUAGAUGUGGUAUAACAACAUAAUUAUCUCUGGAAUGGAGCAUGCAGCUGUGAUGUGGUGCCUAAUCAGCCAGUCACAGGAAGAGAUACACAUACUUUGCAUUUAAGAAAUAUACUGUGCAGUGUAAAUUACAAGACACAAGAAAUGGAGAUCAUUGCUCGCAGCCAUAAGGAUUUUUCUUUUUGUCUCUGUUGAGAUACAGCUGACCCCAAAGAUCACUGUACUGAUAUUACUAUUAUUAUUUAAUUGGUGUGCUGCACAAACAUAUCAGCCAACGUCACUUCUGCUUAGUAGCUGGUGAUUGUUCUAGUGGGGUACCACAGGACGGAGAUGUGCCUAGGCAGCCCUUACAGUCUGUAAAUCAUUAUCAGCUGAAAUACACCACAGCUACUUUUCAGGAGUUAUCUGAUUUUGUUGUUGUUUUUUUUUUUU